AUGCGAGCUGACGUUACUCGUUCAAUAUCGUCGGUGGCAUCGGCUACAGCCGCUGUUAUGUCGGUAGCCAAGGCUAGCAAUUUGAUGGCGCUUGCCAAGCAAGUACAGUUCAUGAGCCUCACUGCGAGGAUCGCUGGCGUGCCUCAAGUUUACGUGGACUAUACCAAGUCGAUGGACGGCUUCUCGCUACAGUUUGGAUUUCUAUCGGAUGAUUGGGGGGAAAUGUCGCCCGACUCCAUUCGAAAAUAUAUUCAAGUUUACAUUUCCAAGUCGCUCUCGGAAGCCUUGGCCUGUCAAGAAGCAUUGGGAGUUGAUUAUCAUCUGCCAGGGGAUCUACUACACCCUGAGCGGAUCGCAUUGAAAUUCCAGUUUGAUGGGGACGAUAUUGCGAGCAUCUUCGACGAACCUCAGAGUUGGUUUUUUGGUGGUGGUGACGAUGAUGAUCUGAUUCUACGCCGCCUUGCUGCUGAGUCCGACAGUGCGCCAGAGCUGCCGAGAAGUAGGGAAGAGAUGGUAUGGUUUUGUGAGGAAGCGAAAGAUCGAAUUAAAGUGAAAGUGGACCCACCAGUACCGUCAUGGGUACCUGUGCUCAGCCAAGUGGCGACCCGGAGGGUCUCAUGUGCUAUACCGAUUAAGGACGAAAGGGGACGUAGUGUUACCUUCGAAGGAAUCGUAGGAGGGACUUGCUCUUCGGAGUCUCUGGAAGAUUUGAUAGAGGCGGGAGAGGUGCUCAGGGCCGGUCAGAGUCUGGAUGAAUUUGCUCGACCCUUCUUUCCGCUUGAAGUGUCGGACUCUCCUGGAGCUUCUGAUGAUCGGCAAGAGUUCCUUCUUACUGAGGAUGUUUGUAGAGGCAUAAUAUAUAGGAGGAUGAGAGGGAGCAUGAUUGCCGAGGAUGAGGCCUUUGCGCUGACCAGUUGGCUGUAUGAGAGGGCGGAAGAAGAGAGGCGCUUGCUAGUCGACUAUGGUAUCAUCGGAAUUAGGGGAAUAGGGAAGUAUGGAGAGUGUAUUGUUCUGUCGGGUGGGGCGGCUAUGCCACGGCUCCAACGUGCUGUAUGCCCCAGUCAUGAUUCCAAGACACUUUUGUACCCUCAAUUCUGUCGGGUGGGGCGGCUAUGCCACGGCUCCAAAGUAUGCCCCAGCGACGAUUCCAAGACACUCUUGCACCCUCAAUUCUGCUGGGCCUACCUCUCUCUCCCUCCUCGUCCUCCCCUUCACGGCUGCUCCUGUUGGCGCCCACGUCCAGUAGUGGAUGGUAUCCCUUUGUGGGAGAGGGAGAUGAUGGAGGAGUGGGUAUUUAAGAGGCUGCUGGACUUGUUGAAGAUCAAGGCGAUGCUCGCCUAUUGUGUGUACGAAAGUAGCAAUGCUAGAAUGACUACUGAGAGGUGGCACAGUGCAACUCCGUUGUACGCCAGCGGCAGUGCGUUGAUCGAUUUGAGCUUCCGUUCCCUCGUGGAUGAGGUUGUAUGUAAUCAGUGGCCUCUCUUCAAGCCGCAGGUGCUCACUGCCUUUGCUGCACGUCAUCCUAUAGGGUCGGAACCGUGGAUGGCGACGGAGAUGAGCACGGUUGCUGAGCGGCGGGAGUUUGGGGUUACACUUGAUGAGGAAGGCUUUGCUGAUCUGAUCGGCGAUGGCGAGAAUGCUGGUGGAGAAUGCGAGAUACUGGGGGAAUACCCCAGAGCGUCGGUGGGAUGGAAGCGGUUUAGGUUGGGUAAAGGACGGAGAAGGGUGAUGCGGGUAAAUGUUGGUGUAGAACUCCGCCAUGUUCUGACCAUUAUGGGGUAUCUGCCAAAAUUCAAGUUGAGGGUGCCUUGGCGGAAUUUGGACAUGAAGCUCCAAAGUGACCUUAAAAUAAUCCUGGAUACAGCACGCAAUAAUGGUCUCUUCAUAUACGUUAUCGAUCGAUUCGUCACCCUCUGUACGAUACUCAUCUUGACGGUUGGUGACCAGGGAGAUGCUACGUUAGGGCCGUCGAAGAUGGUGCUCUUUCUGCUACUGAAAUUGCUCAUUUUGGUGUACGAGGUGAGGCUCAAUAUUCAGGAUAUGGAGAGCUCCAGAGGAACUACUACCAAUACUAAGGUCCAUGUUGUUGGCAAGAGCUUACUUACUGGUGACUCUUUCGUGUGGUUGAUGCAGACGAUGACGCUGCUUGUACUGUUAUUGGGCCAUUCACAGGUCGAGAAGAUACCGUCUCCUAUUGCAUCCAUAUUGGGCAUUUUUAUUACGGCUUUAACGAUGUUGACGAUGAAUUGGAGGUCCUUCAGGGAGAUGUUGGCUGACUACUCAGUGGUAGUGGUGGAUCGGGCGAGGUCCUUACGGAAGAGGUUGGCGUUUUACGCUCAUUGCCUUCGUGAACUAAUAUCACGGUGGCGAUCUGUGGAGAAGGAGCGCAGCGAUGCUGAUGAUUCAAUGCAUCAUCAUCACGCUCAGUACGUUGAGGGGAUCGAUUUUGUGACACCUGAGUUUGGGUUGGUGAUGGGCGGUCGGGUGGAGGUAGAAGAAUUGGUGCGGGAAGAAGGGGCUGGUGACUGUAUUGAGAAGAGAGUGUUUUAUCAUAGUGUGAGUAGAAAGGACUUCCCGCACUACUCGUUGGAGUCUCCACGGGACUUGGCGAGGUAUGAGGGGGAUAUCAAGUCGAGAUUGGCGGUGGUCAUUGGGACGAGGCAGUUGCGAUGUGAAGAGGCUAUUGGUGACUUGGCGGUGACGUUACAGGUGGUGAACCACGCCGAGAAUCCUUCGCUAUGCGCAGCUGAGAUGGACUCGUAUUUUUCACUGUACUACCCGGCUGGGUGGGGAUCAGGUUUAGAGAGAAGAACGCGAGAGAUCAACGUACUGGCACGACAAUGGCUGUACGAGGUUGAAGCCUGGUUGAUUCGAGAGGUUGGAGCUGUGAGGUCGUCAUUGACAGCAACGAGUAGUGUAUUGAGACGGUUGAGCGUGGUUAUCAAGGAGCAGCUGUCUGGAGAGCAUCGACUACGCAGGGUUAGGCUUAGUCUUGGCAGAGUGACGGGGCUGAUCGAUAUGGAUGGAAGUGGAUUCUACUGCUGCCUUUUCCCAGAGAGCAUCGACUGCUGUAAUUUGGAGGACUAUGUGCCUAGGGAGAGCGUCAGUAAGGUGGUCAGGUUGGUGAACGGCGAGUGUGUGUUCGAGGAGGAUGUUGAUAUAGUGGUGCCUAGUAGAGACCAGACGAUAGUGAUUGGUCUGUGUAGAGAGUAUAGUAGUGGUCGUGAGAGGGAGGUUGUAGGGUAUACGAGGCCAAUACCCUUACCUGAGGGAAAUGGGGACUCAACGUUGUUACUUGGUGGUGUCGUUGGUGGUGAGAUGAUCGAACACGACCUGUUGUCGGUACCGCGGCAGGAGCAGCCAGAUGGAGUGGGAGAAGCUCUUCUCGGGGCACAGGUUGUGAUCGAUGAGGGGCUUGUAUUUGAUACCUCAUUGGGGUACUCAGUAUCGCUUACAAGAGGCAAUGUGUCCUCUAGAACUGUCGGGAAGAUAUCUUUGAAGAUUGCCGUGCAGUAUGGCUUCGCUGGGACUGGGCUGAGUGAUAAGGCGCCCAUAGCAGUGGGUAGAUGGAGUGAGCAGCGACAAGAGUUGAUGAGGGAUAGUGUUGCGCAUUUUGUGGUAUUAGCAGACCAUUUGAAGGUGUCAAAGUCAUGGAGACCGGACCCGCUGCCUAUGAGGCCCGUAGUGUUUGUCCCUGAGGGGGCUGGGAAGAAGAAGGCCGAUAGAGUGACUAGGCGUGAUGGUUCACUGUACGAGAUGCUACCGGUCUUCGAUAGGAGCCCUAGUGAGAGGAAGGAGUGUCUGAUGGGCCUUACUGGUGGCCAUUUGGUGGUGAAGUGGCGGGACCGGAGGGCUGAGAGGCUGCUGCCCUUCCGACGUGCUAUGAUGGAGAGAUAUGGAUGUAGUUGGGAGAUGGUAUUCCAGUUGAUGAAACGGGCGGCAGCGGCUGAGGUUGGUGGAGGACAUGGCGAGGUGGAUGGGGUGAUGGGAGAGGAGGAGUUUGUGGCGGCUUUGGGGUCCCUACUGCCGGAGUAUAGGGGGUCAUCGGGGCCGAGCGGUGAUGCUCGAGAGGUGUUCCAACUGUUGGAUCCUGAUGGGAAUGGGCAUAUUGUUAUGGCUGAUCUGAGAUGCUCUGGUGAUGCUAGCCGUGUGCGGGUUCCUGUGAUGGAGGAGCAUCGGUUGCCAUUGGCGAGCCUGUCUUAUGUACAUCCGAAUGCUAGAGAGAAGACUAUAACGGUACGAUGUGAUGAUAAGUUUGCUAUUAGUGGUGAGUGGAAGGCAUUGAAGAGCGCACUAGACCCGCAUUGGGUGCCGCCAGAGGAGGUGAAUGAGCGUCUAUACAGUUUGGAGUCUUACGAAAGCGCGUCGCCGUCGUUGGAUGACUCUAUGGUGUUCGAGCUUGAGAAGAGUCACUUUUGCAUGUGGCAAAAGGUAGGAGGAGGAGGGGUGGUAUCGGGAUCCAUGGAGCUAUAG